AUGGAUAUUAUCGACCUUGAGUGUGGAUGCGAUACAACCGGCCUGACCGCUAACAUGAAGAAGUGGAUGGAGAAGAUGCAAAACAGUGUCAACAAUCCCAACCUUUCACUAGAGGAGCUGUCGUGGAAGGAUGUGUCCAUAUAUAGGGUCCCUGCCUUUGUAAGGGACAUCUCUCACGAGAUUUUCACACCCGAGCUAGUCUCAUUUGGCCCUUACCAUCACAACAAUGAAGAACUGAAGAAAAUGGAAGUCCACAAGGAGAGAGCUCUCAUUCACUUCGUUAGGAAAGCAGGCAGGAAAGCAGGCAAGACGCUUGAUGACAUUGUGGCCGCAGUGGAUAAGGUGAUGAAGGAGCUGCAAGAUUCCUAUUAUCGCCUCGAUAAGACAUGGAAGAGUGAUAGAGAUGGUCCUUCUCAUUUCUUGAAGCUUAUGAUUACUGACGGAUGUUUCAUGCUAGAGAUACUUGAGUAUGCGGUAAACCAUGGAGAGAGCUACUCUCCCACCGACCCUGAGGCCUACUCUCCCACCGAUCCUUUCUUUAGUGAACAUGGGGUUAAUCAUACAAUGCCUUACAUUAGGAGGGAUAUGCAACUGAUUGAAAACCAACUGCCUUUGCUCCUACUGAAGACUCUAGUUUCUGUCGGACGCACUGAUAUCCAUGAGGAUAUCGACGACUAUAUCCACAACUUAGUGCUUAAGUUUUUAAAAGGUGGAGAUGAACAAGUGAAGAAAAUGGGACUGAGAGCCCACGCGCUCGAUCUCCUCCGCCACAGCUUGCUGACCCAAAACAAAACAACAAAGCAGUCUGGGAAAGAAGGGGCUAGCGGUGUGAUCCGUAGCGCUGUAGAGCUGCGCGAGGCUGGAGUCCGAUUCCGUAAAAGCAAAACCAAAAGCUUCAGAGACAUCCACUUUGAUCCUAAUAAGGGCAUCCUGUACCUCCCUGAGCUUGUCGUCCAUGAUGCUACAGAAUGCAUGCUACGCAAUAUGGUGGUUUUUGAGCAUUUUCGUACUAACAUAGACAACGGCAUCACCUCUUAUGUCUGUUUCAUGGAUGAAAUUAUCGAUUCAGCUGCAGAUGUCAGUUUGUUGCACUCCCGAGGUAUCAUACAGAAUUCUCUAGGGAGCGACAAGCAGGUCGCUGGGCUGUUCAACAACAGGAUAACAAAGGAGGUGACCGUCGAUCCUAAGUGUAGUCUGAAUGAAGUUCGUGAGGAAGUGCAGAAAUAUUGCCAGAGGAAGUGGAACAAAUGGCGCGCAAACUUGCUGCACACUUAUUUCAGGAAUCCUUGGUCCUUGCUGUCUCUGGCUGGUGCAUUGCUGGUGAUUGUGCUCACAAUUCUGCAGACUGUGUUUUCCGGGAUGCAGAUAUACCAAGGUUAAGUCUGGUUUGAAUUAUAUCUGAAUGUGUCUUCAGAUACUGAUUGUGUUUUGAGUUCCUGGUUUGUUUGGAUUGUUUUAACUAUUUCAGUUUGUGUUUGGUUUGUAUGUUGCAUUUGUAACUGGGAGCUCGUAUCUUUUUUUUAUUAUGCGGAGGAUCAC